CGGAGGUUGAGAGAGGCCCUGAGAGAUAAAGCCGGAGGGCAGAAAUUAUUAGGGGGCGCGGGACGAGAGGAGGGGCCAGGGGAGCGGGCCCGCGGCUAGAGCGGCAAGCGAGUGUGCGCCUUGUGUGCAAGGGCGGGAGGGAGGAGAGAGAGCCGGCGGCAGCCCCGAUCGCGCCGACUCGGGCCCAGCGGUGGGCAGACAGCAUGCAGAGCCUCCUCAUCUGGAUCUUCACUCUCUUCAACACUUUCUCACAAGCAGGGCUUUAGGAAUGACUCUGGAGAGCCAUAGCACAUGUCUGAUGACCUGCCAAUCAAGCCUGCUCCCCGAGAAGCCCAGGUUUCUGAGUCAGAAGAUGUGGGCUCCACACUUAGUCGUUGCUUAUCUUAUCUUUGUGACUUUGGCUUUGGCUUUGCCUGGGACCCAGACUCGCUUCAGCCAGGAGCCGGCCGAUCAGACCGUGGUGGCCGGACAGCGGGCAGUGCUCCCGUGUGUGCUCCUCAACUACUCUGGAAUUGUACAAUGGACCAAGGACGGGCUGGCUCUGGGUAUGGGCCAGGGCCUCAAAGCCUGGCCACGGUACCGGGUCGUGGGCUCUGCAGAUGCUGGACAAUACAACCUGGAGAUCACAGAUGCCGAGCUCUCAGAUGACGCUUCCUACGAGUGCCAGGCCACGGAGGCUGCCCUGCGCUCUCGGAGGGCCAAACUCACCGUGCUCAUUCCUCCAGAGGACACAAGGAUUGAUGGGGGCCCUGUGAUUCUGCUGCAAGCCGGCACCCCCUACAACCUCACGUGCCGAGCAUUUAAUGCCAAGCCUGCUGCAACCAUCAUUUGGUUCCGGGAUGGGACGCAGCAGGAGGGGGCUGUGACUAGCACGGAGCUGCUGAAGGAUGGGAAAAGAGAGACUACGGUCAGCCAGCUGCUCAUUCAGCCCACAGACCUAGACAUCGGCCGUGUAUUCACCUGUCGCAGCAUGAAUGAGGCCAUCCCCAAUGGCAAGGAGACGUCCAUUGAGCUUGAUGUCCACCACCCUCCUACAGUGACUCUGUCCAUUGAGCCCCAGACAGUGCUGGAGGGUGAGCGUGUCGUCUUUACAUGCCAGGCCACAGCCAACCCGGAGAUCUUGGGCUACAGGUGGGCCAAAGGGGGGUUCUUGAUUGAAGACGCCCAUGAAAGUCGCUAUGAGACAAACGUUGAUUAUUCCUUCUUCACGGAGCCUGUGUCUUGUGAGGUUUAUAACAAGGUCGGGAGCACCAAUGUCAGCACUUUAGUGAAUGUGCACUUUGCCCCCCGGAUUGUAGUUUACCCAAAGCCCACCACCACAGACAUUGGAUCUGAUGUGACCCUCACCUGUGUCUGGGCUGGGAAUCCCCCCCUCACCCUCACCUGGACCAAGAAGGACUCAAACAUGGGGCCCAGGCUUCCUGGCUCCCCACCCGAGGCUAAUCUCUCUGCCCAGGUCCUGAGUAAUAGCCAACAACUGUUGCUGAAGUCAGUGACCCAGGCAGAUGCUGGCAUCUAUACCUGCCGGGCCAUCGUGCCUCGAAUUGGAGUGGCUGAGCGAGAGGUACCACUUUAUGUGAACGGCCCUCCUAUCAUCUCCAGCGAGGCCGUGCAGUUUGCCGUGAGAGGUGAUGGCGGUAAGGUGGAGUGCUUUAUCGGGAGUACCCCACCUCCAGAUCGAAUCGCAUGGGCAUGGAAGGAGAACUUCCUAGAGGUGGGGACCUUGGAACGAUACACCGUGGAGAGGACAAACUCAGGCAGUGGUGUGCUGUCCACUCUCACCAUCAACAACGUCAUGGAGGCUGACUUCCAGACCCACUACAACUGCACUGCCUGGAACAGCUUUGGACCAGGCACAGCCAUCAUCCAGCUGGAAGAGCGAGAGGUGUUACCUGUGGGCAUCAUUGCUGGGGCCACCAUCGGUGCUGGCAUCCUGGUCGUCUUCUUUUUUGCUGCCUUAGUGUUCUUCCUCUACCGCCGUCGCAAAGGCAGUCGAAAGGAUGUGACGUUGAGGAAGCUGGACAUCAAGGUAGAGACGGUGAACCGGGAGCCACUUACAAUGCACUCUGACCGGGAAGAUGAUACCGCCAGCAUUUCUACGGCAACUCGGGUCAUGAAGGCCAUCUACUCGUCCUUUAAGGAUGAUGUGGAUCUGAAGCAGGACCUGCGCUGUGACACCAUCGAUACCCGGGAAGAGUAUGAGAUGAAGGAUCCCACCAAUGGUUAUUACAAUGUGCGCGCCCAUGAAGAUCGCCCAUCCUCCAGGGCGGUGCUAUAUGCUGACUACCGUGCCCCUGGCCCUACUCGUUUUGAUGGGCGUCCAUCAUCCCGCCUCUCCCACUCCAGUGGUUAUGCCCAGCUCAAUACGUACAGCCGGGCCCCUGCCUCUGACUAUGGCACAGAGCCUACACCCUCUGGCCCUUCUGCUCCAGGUGGCACCGAUACAACCAGCCAGCUGUCGUACGAGAACUAUGAGAAGUUCAAUUCCCACCCCUUUCCCGGGGCAGCUGGGUAUCCUACCUACCGUCUAGGCUAUCCCCAGGCCCCACCCUCUGGCCUUGAGAGGACCCCCUAUGAAGCAUAUGACCCUAUUGGCAAGUAUGCCACCGCCACUCGAUUCUCCUACACCUCUCAACACUCAGACUACGGCCAGCGAUUCCAGCAGCGCAUGCAGACUCACGUGUAGAGGCUGGAUCUGGCUGGGUUAUCUCUGCGGGGCAGAGGAGAUGGCUUCCCAGCUGUUCCCUGACAUUCAGGGACAUUGCUCAUUGCUCCGUUCAUGGACCCAGCCUUUCUCCUCCUGGCCAUCACAAAUAAGGAGCAGGUCUCCCAGUAACACCCCAUCCCAAGGAUGGUGCUCUGUGCAUGCCCCAGUCUCCCGGGCCUGCCCUUUCCUCUUCUUCAGGAGGAUGUCUCUUCUGACCUUUGUUCUUCCUGACCCAAGCGUGGGGAUAGGAGAGGGAAGGUUGGGGGAGAGGAGAAGGGAGAGGAGAAGAGCACAUUUUAUCAUUUCCUUUCUGUCCUGCUCCUCUGGUCUCCCGUAAGUGGGCAUGGGGAUAUGCUGAGGUGGGCAGGCUGCUGGAACGUGGGACAGCCCACCAGUCCCGGUCUUGAUUUCUUUAUACCUUGUGUUCAUCUUUCCCAUCUCAAGGGGUUACAGAUGGAACCAUGAGUUCAAAUCUAGCCCUUGGUCAGUUGGGGUCAAAAUGCCAGUCACCCUGGCCUCUAUGGUGUCUGUCUGUCUGAGUGAAGAGGGCUUCAGAAAUCCCCAGGAACACUGCUUUCUUUCUUCUCAGCUUUGUCCUGGACCAGCCAGAUGUGUCCUGGAUGCGAGCAAGGAGUGGUCAGGACCAUGUCCUAGUUGGCAGGCAAGGGGCCACUGUGUAGUGCAUGGCAGUUUCCAGAUCCAACACUAGUGGGAGCCACACAAGCUUCCUUCUUUCAUGGUAUCUGCCCCACUUCUUGGUGUUAACUCUUGAGCCUUGGAGAGUUGGGUAGGGCAGAGGCUACUUUUCAUGGGGCUAUCUUUCAAAAGCAAUAAAACCUCAUUUGGAAAGAAAAGCUGUAGGGGUGUCCCCACUAUACACAGUCCCUGUGGAAAGGAAAGGGGCACCUGCUCCUUACCAGAUCCUAACAACUUGUAUACUGUAUCUGAGUCUCUAAGCACUUUGGAUCUAGUAUGCACAUCCAAAUGGUGAGACCUGCCUGCUGGUGGACUCUAACGGAGUUAAGCAGUGUCCUGAGUCUCAGACUCUACUAUCCUACCCUGUCUGACUCACCAUAGCUAGAAACUACCUUGCAGAUGGCGUGGUAGAUGCUUUAUCCAGACAAAUUUUGGUUUUGUCUCCUCCUCACACACCCCCAACCCCCAACCAAUCAGUCUCUUUCUUCCAUUUCCAGUGCCUUGAGUGUCAGGUUUGAUGCCCCUGUGUGAGCUUUAGCUUGUCCCAUGUUAGCAUCCAAGGAGAGACAAAUGAGAGGAUGUGAGGGGAAGGGGGCCUGGGAAUGGUAGAGAGGGAACAUUCUUACUGACCUAGAUGGAGAUCUUAGUGCAGAAGAACAUGAUAGGCACUGAAUUCCAUGGGCCAUGCUGUCUUUUUCCCACACAGCGUGCACACACAUGAGCACACACACAUUCCAUACCACGUCUCGGUAUCUACCACCUUCUGACCAAAGAGAAUCUGUAACUCCUGUCUCAGCCUCACUUUCCCAAGAAAACAACUGCCCAAUAGGAAUCUACAGUCCGUGUCCUCGCUGAGGCCGGCAUGGUAGGAGGGAAUAUUCCCAGAAUGCUCCUUGCUUUUUCUCAUUGGUCACCAUUCAUUAGUCAUGUUUACUUUAAUGAGUCACAUGUUCAUCAGGCAGGGUCCAUCACUAACCUUCUAGAUGGGCCUGUGGGAUGACAUUCUCCGCUAUCUUCUUUCCAACAAGGAUUAGGUAGUAUCCAGGAAUAAAGGAGCUAUAUUUCCAGCCUGGCAGGCAGCUGCUGCUUCCUCUCCUCCAGUGAGUGCAUGCACAGAGUGGGCCCUUCCUGCAGCAACGACAGACUUGUAGCUGUAUCCCAGUUCAGAAGACUCCCGCUCGCAGAAACCCUUCCAUGAGAGCUCAGUGAGGCAGUGUGUUUGCAGUGUAGGUCCUUGUGAAUAUGAAUUCAUGCAGGCUUUCAUUUUCACUGACACCUGAAGCCAUGGGUGAUCCAAAUACUUCUGAAGUCUAAACAGAGUGGCAUUUUAAACAGCAAUACUCCCUAAAGUAAUCCUCGUGUCUGGGGUUUGGCUUGAUUCUCUUAUUUCUCUCUGGUUUAAGUAGUAGGUCCCUCCUAUGGAAACAAGAGCGUCACUAAGGAAAACUGUGGGAGCCAAGCGCCAUGCAAGGGACAGGAAGCAGCAACUGAGACAGACUCCUGCCACUCACACUCCGCAAUCAGAAUCAGAGUUGGGCCCUGCUGAAUGACCAGUGUUGCUUGUCCGGGGAGUUGAAAGUCCCUUAAUCACCUGCUCUUCCGUCUGAGGCUAGAGUCUUCCAGCAUGUUGGUACUUUGAGUCUAAGCACCCUGGGUGUUAUUGCUUUAGUUGAAGGAAUAAGAAACCAAGAAUCAAGAGAUCCAGGAUCCCGUUCUGCAGCUGCCAUUUGCUGAGUAACCCUGAUCUGACCUUACUUUCCUGGCUUCCAUCUUCUGGUCUUUGCCUAAACCUAUUCUCUGUUGGCUGUGUUCGUCUGGGGCGGGAGAUGGUCCAUCCCUCAGGAACAGUAAACAAUCUCGGUGAGGGUUGGGGCAGGGAGGCAUUGCCUGCCAGAAGGAGCUUUUACCACCAACUUCUUGAUCUUGUCUGUCACCCUAACCGUGAGUGCAAUGAAGCUAUCGGUGUUGUUCUCGUCCUAGAUUCAGUGGGCUGCUGUGACCAUGGUAGGGCUUGGUUAUGGAUGCAGUCUGCAGCACAUACAGACGGGGGAGACAGGGAAGCUGUCUUCCACUUUGGUCCUCAGGAACAGUCAUCUGGCCCAAAGACCGCUCUCCCUGUUAACCAAGCAAGGUGAAUCCUACAGUCCCCGCAGUCUUGAAUUAGGAACCAGGAGAGAGCAGCUGACCCCUUCCUGUAGACUGAAAGGGGUGCUCUUAGAGGGAAGAAGGGGUUAGUGGUUUUGACAUAAACUCUGCAUAUGCAGAAAGAUCUUAUGGCUCUGGAUAAGCCUUGCCCUUUGUAGAGAGCCCAGCCUGCUUGCUGAAUCCUGGUCCCCACCCCAUCCCCGCCACCACCGAAGAAGUCUAACUACAGACUAUGCAUAGAGCAGAUCAGAGAAAGAAAAGCUAGCAGGAAUGGAGGCAGUUCUCAGCCCUCACAAAUGUCUGUGUCAGAAUGAACAAGAUGAGUUCAACUCCCACUACUCUGGGUGAUACAAGGCACCCCGGCCUGUGUCUUGCCCCCUUGUGCUCUGUCAGGAGCCCUGGCUCCUGGGCUCCUUAAGAUGGAAGUGGGUGACCUGUAUACACUUGCCCCCUACAUAGCGAUGUUAAGCAAUCGGGAUUUAUAGAAACCCAUGUUAAAGCCAAAGACCGUGUUUGGACAUGAGAAGUCUACUGGCUUAGUCACUGCCUCAUCCUGUUGUGUGAGCAGUUCUGUCCCUAUGGAUGAAUUGCAUGACCUCCCAAGGCCACUGCAGGCUCAAAACACCUGCUUUCUCUACUAUUCCAUUUCUGUGGCAUCUGAGCCCAGGCUCUGCACCCACUAAGCCCAGUGCUGAUGGUAGAAUCCUGGGGACACAGACCUCAGGACAUCCACUGGGAUGUAUUGACUAUUAUGAAAGAACUCUAAAGUUGUCACCUAAACACAGCAUUCCUUUCUCUCUGUGAUUUUUUUCUCCUCUCCUAAGGACAGUGCGUUCUGACUAGUGCUGACUGACCUUCCUCAGCUUGCUGCUGACACCACCCAUGGGCCAGUAGAGAGGACCGAGGUCUGUGGCUUGUUAUAUGGAUUUGAGAGGAGGGUACAGCAUCUAGUUUUCCUGCAUCACUGUGAGGGAACCCCAGGCUCCUUUCCCAGAAGAAAAUAAUCGUUGCACAGAAGACAGAGACCAUACUAGGAAGUCCUGGUGCAAACCUGCUCUUAACAAAAAUAAUAAUUUUGUCUGCACAGAACUCCCCUUACCAAUCCUGGUACCCCAUCUUAGGUUUUUAAUGUUCACAACCACUGGCCUUUGCAAAGUGCCCAGGCUCGUCUGUUGGUUUCAGGUGCUGUCUAUUGCCCCUGGGAACACCAGGACUGGAGGGGCAGUGGGGAGCGCUCAGUUUGCUGAUACAAUCAAAUACAUAGGCUUGGCAAAAAUGGCCCACAAGGCCUCCACUUUUAACAAGGUGCCCAAGUCAAACUGUCGACCCCAAUCAUUCCUGGGAUUGCUAUCUCCAUUCUGACGCCAGUUGAAUAUUCUCUACCAAAAUCCUCUUCAUAAAUGGAUCCAUGAUGACAACUAAGAGAAAAAAAAAAAGUAUUUUUGUUAGGACAAACCAUCAUAGAUUUUUAGCAAUGUGUAUCUGUGUGUCCUUUACACCUUUUCCUAUUCUGACAUUUUUUCUUUUCUUUUUUUUUUUUAAAAAAUAUUGUGUACUAUAUUUUUAGUCUCAGACACACUAUAUAUUAUAUAUUUAAUUUUAUAUAUAUAAAUAUAAAUGUUUUAAAAAGUA